ACAACAACAAAAGGACCGGAACGGCCGGCGGUGGCUCGGGGCGCAGCGACAAGGAGGGCUGGAGAGCCGGCCCGCCCCCCGAACCGGCCACCCGGACCCAGCGAGGCGCAGCCUCUCCCGACCUCAAACUACCUCAGCAGCCCCGCGCCCUAACGACCCCGUCCCUGCCGAGCCGGCGGCAGCCGCUUCCUUCGCCGCGUACCCCGCGUUGGGGACUUGGGCGCACGGAUAGUAGUUCUUUCUGUUUUUCACCUAAGUUGAAUAAGCACCUUGCGCACUUUAAUUUCUACUCAGAGCCAUUCCGACUAAAGACAAAAUUUUGAAAUCUCACUAUAAAGACAUCCAGCCAAAGUCUCAAGCUUGCCUUAACAAUGUUCCAGAGGCUGAAUAAAAUGUUUGUGGGUGAAGUCACUACAUCUUCCAACCAAGAACCAGAAUUCAGUGAGAAAGAGGAUGAUGAAUGGAUUCUUGUGGACUUCAUAGAUACCUGCACUGGUUUCCCAGCAGAGGAGGAGGAAGAGGAAGAUGACAUCCUUGAAGAGCCACCUACUGAGCAUCCUUCCGUCUUCUCCUGUUUGCCUACAUCUGUGGAGUGCUUGGCUGACACAACUGAUUCCUGUUUCCUCCAGUUUGAGUCCUGCCCAAUGGAGGAGAGCUGGUUUAUCACCCCUCCCCCAUGUUUCACCGCAGGUGGAUUAACCACUAUCAAAGUGGAAACAAGUCCGAUGGAAAACCUGCUCAUUGAACAUCCCAGCAUGUCGGUCUAUGCUCUGCACAACUCCUGUCCUGGUCUCAGUGAGACCAACUGCAGGACCGAGGAAUUUCAAGAUCCGGGUAGUCCCAGAGUGGAAGCUCAGAAUGAGAUGGAGCAGCACAUCCGCUGCUAUGUCGCAGCUUUUGCUGCUCAUGCAGCUUUUCUGGAACAAUCCAAGAGCUUUCGCCCUUCCCAGUGGAUGAAAGAACAUAGUGAAAAACAGUCUCUGAACAGAAAUAGCCUUCGUCGCCAAAAUCUUACCAGGGAUUGCCACUCCCGGCAAGUCAAGCACAAUAGCUGGGUUGUUCACCAGCCCUGCCCGCGUCAGUACAAUUACUAAGAAUUUCAAGUUUUGGUUGGUCUCACUGGAUUUGUGUACACACAUGGAUUUGUGCCAUGAGCACACUGUUUCUUCACAGCCAGUGGUGACCAGUCACGUUGUGGAUACUUUUGAAAACCCUGUUUAUGUGCCGGGUACCACAUAACGCCUUGCUCCUAAUAUUUACUUUAUUGUAGAUUUUUUUCAGAAUAUUUUUUGACAUAUCAAUACAAGUUACAGUGUUUGGUGUUGGGGGGUGUCUUUAUUGACGUGUACAUGAAUUAGCAUUUUAAAGACAUGUCUUCCCAAGUAUAAGAAUAGGCAUCUUUUGGUUUUGUUUUAUUUUGUAUUAAUCUUCUGAGUAAACAAAAAUUUAUUCUCAGGGUCAGCCAUACACUUUAUUGACCAGUACUUGAUCAUCUUUUCUGUAUAUAAUGAAUACAUUUUUACACUAACAUGAGCAUUAACAAAUGCGAGUUGCCACGGAUAUAGUGGAAUUAUGGCUGGACUCCCUUUUGAAAGAAAACUUGAUACAUUUCUGUGUGUGUGGUUUUGUGGGGUUUUCUUUUUUCUUUUUUUUUUUUUUUUUCCAGAUUAGUAAUGCAGUUCGUGUUGGAAUUCAGGUACAUUAAGCUUUAGUGAGCAGUACUUUAGUAAUUGUUAUCUGACCAGUGAUGUGGUACAGACAUUGGCAGAUGUCGUGGGCAAAGGCACGGGUCUCCUGUGCAAAGGGAUUAUAUUAGGUUUGCGAAAUGACGUGGAAGACCCAAGUCCCAGCCUGACCCCUCUUCACCUCAUAUUUUAAGCUGUUUUUUAGUUCUUUCCUGCUAGCUCUAUUGCCCACCUCGUGUGAGCAAUGAACUUGGGUGUCAUUUGGGCACUUGGCAUGACUGCACAUGAUAUAUGUGUGUGUGCAGCUUUGUGCUUGUGCCUGAGAAAAGGAGUAGUCUUCUCAUGUGCACUUGCGCAGACGAGGAGCAGCCCUCUGCCCUCAAGCCCUGCCUGCCCAACUCGGGCACGGGCCAGGGUGGCUUUCUGGCGAUGGCUCUCCCAGCACCUGAAGCGGGGUAACGGGGUAACUUUAAGAAUUCAUUUUGCGUUUUUACUUCAGACACUCUGAAACCACUCUGGCCUCGGGUGGGGGGCCUCCACCACCGAGAGGGGAGAAGUAUCACUCUGGGCCCUCUCAAACUGAACCUGUGCGAACUUCCGAGGCCUUCCUACUGACUCUAGUGAUGGCGGACUGGGGCACCGCUGUCACUGCUGUUGCCCACGGCAUUGGUGCUACUGUGGCCAGGGCAGAAAGUUCCACUCACAUGUAGGCCAGUUGCCUUGACUCGAAGCAAAAUGGACUUCCUUACCUCCAGUCUCUUCCCACUGCCGCGGGGGUCUGGCUGAACCACAGACCCUCACUGGUGUCCUCUGCCAGGAGCAUCACCUGCCCAGUGGCAUGGCAUGGCUCACCUGUCCAUCUUCUCUGAGCCCUUGCUACCUGAGUUAGGCCAGGGAGCCUAGGCAGAGUGUCGUGUACUUCAGUACCCACAGGGCAGGGAGGGCUGCUUCUGUGCUGGUGUCAGAUUCGUCCACUGGCUGCGCCCAAGUGCCAGGAUGUCUCUUUAACACAAGAGGCAGGACCCCCUUCGCCCUUCCCCCAUGUGGGCUUCCCCUUUAUUUAUUUGUUUUCUAUGGGCCAAGAUUGUCAAGAUUUUGUAGUUUGUUACUUAUUUGCAGUUGUUUACCAGAUUUGGGAGACAAGGUGAAGUUUUCCCGAAGGCCUGUGUGUGUGCUUGUGUGUGUGUUUUAAAUCGACUGUUCGAGGGCCAUUCUUUGACUUGAAAACUGACCAGUUCACUGUCUUCUGCUGGGGAGCCCAAGUGUGUGGGGGUCUCUGUGUGUGUAUGCGUGGUUAGUGCCACACCAGCUACAAAAGUUUAGCCAUGAGAGUUUGUUUGGCAGAGAGAACAGAUCUGUAUAUAAAAUGCAUUGGUCUUAGCUAUGAUUUUAAGAUUUCCUGAUAACUAAACAAUUUACAUCUGUUAGUUACUGCCUCUUCGUUGGUCCCAGGGCCCAACUUUUCUGUGUCCUUUACCCAGAAGACAAGUGUUUGAUUGUUGGGACUUCUCAACAGGAUUAGGGUUACCAGACCACUUAUGAUGCCCUGCUAUGGUGUCUGUGAAGUGAGUUUCUAAGGUUUCGUCUAAACUUGGCACAUAUUGAAGAAAAUGGUUAACAGUUCAGUUGGAAGUUCUCAGUCUAGAAAAGUUUCUUUGGCAUCUAAAGACAUAAGACCAAUAAUAAUACAGAAUGAUGCUGACUUGUUAAGUAUUCUCUGAAAUAUGGCCAAAGUACACUGAGUUUACUCAUUUUGCUGUUGUAAACAUCAGUGGUUUACAGUGUGCUUUAGGGCAUAUUCCUUGAAAAUGGGAUCAGAGAACAAGGAGGACCCUCUGAAUUUAGUAGCUCUUGUUUCUAGACUAGUGGCAUAGAAUGUUAUUUGGAAAAAAUCUGGAAUAUUUGGCACACAAGCAGUGCCUCGUGGAUGAGUUUCUUAGCUUUUACAAUGCACUGUUUCUGAAAGUUUGUGGUUUUGUUAAUAAAACAUUGUCUGCCAAAGCUAUGUUUAGUUUUCUUUCUCUGCUGACUGAAUUAUAUCCUGCAUAUGUACUAUGAAGCUAGCCACCCAUUAGUUGUUGUGGCAAUGCAUUUCAUGCUUGGCUGGCUAGAGACUUUUUUUUUUGCAGAAGAUGAAAAGUGAUGGGAUGUUUUUACUCCUAUUGCAGGGUGCUUUUGUCCUCCUCAGUUUCCUGUACUUUUUUUUUUAAUUCUCAAGCAGUCUGCUGCAUUUACACUCUUCCCCAGCUGUAUCAGUGCUGGGAACAGUUUACUAAAGUUCAGCAUCACUUGUUUUGGCUUCUUGCGUCUGUGGCAUACACUGGUUGGUCAUCUGUGUCUGCACGAAAGCCAAGUUUCUUUGCUCUUUCUCGUCCGUCUCUAGGAAAUGUAUUGUCUUUAUAUCGUCUCAAGAAUAAAACAAGGAAAAGGUACAUUUUUAUUCUUAUUUUCCUUGAGCUGGAGGAAAAGAAAAAGAAAGGACUGUAACUAGAAGGUUGACAUUGAAGUUGGUUGGUGAAAAAAGCUAAAGUGUUUCUAAGAUUAUUUUUUGUUUGCUUUUAGAGUCAGUUAAGAGACUGCUCCUAGUACUGGGAGAUACUAGUAUAUGUUUCUAGUGUUACCUUACAAUUACCUUUUUAUUUCACAAGGCCCACCAAUACUGGGUCAACAGUUUAUAGAGAUGGGCUUCUAUCAUGAUGGCUUUGUGACCAUCAGCCUUGCUGACAAAUUGCAAAUGGCCAUCUCUACUUACUUUAUUGCUUACAAUGUUAUAUUAAAUGCUUUACUUAAACGUCCUACACAUUACUCAUACAGUGGGGUUAGCCCAACCACACACGGGUAUCACUUGAAAAUCUGACACCAGUGGACAUGGUGAGAAGGGCCAAGAAAGAGGAGCUGGAGAGCAGACAGGCUGGGGCAUCCACCCCCUGAGGCAGCACCCUGCAUGCAGGAGGAGGUACUGGUGACAGGAGGGUCACUCCCAUGGACGAGGUUCCAUACAUCAUAGAGAAUUUUCCUUAGGACAUUCUUUUUAAAAACUGUAAGUGUUCAGUGCUUGGUUUUUCGUUGUAUCAGCCUGAAGUAUUAGUAUUUGUUGUCUAGGUGGACGUGUGAAAACCAAACCAGUACUUGGGGAGGUUAUGUUUGUGUGCAUUCAGGCUGGGAGGACGGGUGGUUUUGUUUGUUUUUCCUCCAGAGGUUUGUUCUUUAAACAAUCAUUGUGGAGGGUUUUUUUUUUUAAAAAAAAAAGUUUUUAUUGUUAUUGUUAUAUAAUAUAUAUAUAUAUUUUUUGGUCAAGCAAAAUUGUGAACACAUUUGCUUUUCAGAGUUUCCAAGAUGGGAAGAGUAGUGGGGAUGUACUAUGUGCCUUCUCAAUGUGUUAUUUUCAUCAACUUGAAAACUCAAAAGGGACGUUUGGUUACAUCAUAUACUGUACAUCAAUCUAUGCAUAAAUGGCAGCUUGUUUUCUUGAGCCACUGUCUAAACUUUUUCCUGUUUUUAUAGAAAUUUCAAUACUGAUUUAUAGAUGGUUGGUUUUAUACAGACUGAACAAUACAGCACUUUGCCAAAAAAAAAAAAAAAUGUAGCAUUGCUUCAUUGUUGUGUGUUAAUGCCAGUUCUCUGUAUUGGGUUCAGCAGUGCUCUGCACUGCCUGGAGUUACAGUUUUUAACCUGUCAGUAAAUAAAAUUUCCUUCAGCUU